AUGUGGAGCCAAAAAUUGACGAUUUCGGUUGGGGCUCUCCAGCUGCUGCUGGCUCUGGGUUCAGCUUCGGAGCAACAAGUCUUCAAAAACACACCUCGAGUCAAUUUGGAGGCCGGUCAUGUUCACCGCCGUCAAUCAACAUCAACACCUCCUGGUUAUAGCCCCGACUUUGGGCUGUGCGGCACUGGAACAACUUGCCAAGACGCCUGCGGACCGAAUUGGGAAUCCUGCGAGGCGUCGACGACUCUCUCGCUCUUUUGCUACAAUAAAGUCGAUUUGAAGCAGACGUGCUGUGCCUGCGAGGAAGGCUACUACUGCGCUUGGCAAGAGUUUGGAGGGAAGGUUUGGUGUUGCGAGGAUCGGGCCGUCUUCCCAGACACCCGGUUCUUCGACCUCCACAAAGUCCAGCCGAACAGUGACCGGGAGUGGUACGUUGUCUUUAACCAGCUCACAAUGCCCUGCGACAACCGUGACUUCAUGGGCAACAACAACCGUGGUUUCAACGGUCAGCAUCGCGGCCACCACUGUGACGGUAGUAGGACCGGGUGGUGGAUGUUACUCCGAGUCGUCAACCUCUUUGUCGGCCAGCGAACCUUCUUCGGACAUUUCACUUUCGGGCACCAUCACUCAGCCCCCGUUGUCAUCCUCGACAUCUUAUGGGCUACCAGCGGCAAGACAAGUACCAUGUCUCGUAACUCCUCGUAG